AUGGAGACUCAAAAACACUAUAGACAACGCCUUGCCAACGGCCCUGCGUCUUCUCCCACUGUCAGAGUCGCGUCUCGCUCUCAGAGACACUUCUUUGCUGAGCCCUCGACGCCUGAUCACUCACAUCCCUCCAAGUCCGUUUCCCAGAGAAGGAACACGAAGGAUGCCCCCGCCAACAUUUAUACCGAUUCCUCGAGAGUAUCCGCAAGCCCCUCGUCCACUCAUUAUGAUACCCCACAACGAAAUAUCGAUUCCGCCAGAUCAACACCGCUGGUCAACCCCACCUCCUCCCUUCUCCAAGGCCUGAUAAAUGAACAGCGUGCCAACCGUGGCGGACGGAGAGGAGUUUCUGAACACCCCAGCGACAUCCAAGUCCAGACGCCAACCAUAACUCCAUCUCAAGAUGACUCGUCAUCGGAGAAACAACGGAAAGUUACCAACGUUUUAUCCGCUGGGUUGAAAGAGCCUAGGGAGAUGGGGAUAAGAGAGAUGAACCAGUACGUUUCCAAACUGAACAAAUUGAAUUUCGACCUCAAAUUGGAGAUUUAUCAUCGAUCCCAGCAGCUCAUUUCGCUGGAGAAGAAGCUCGAACGCAUGGAGGCUCUAGAAGAGGAGGUUCAACGGCUACAGGGGGUGGAAGAGGAACUACAGGAAUUACGCGAAGUAGAAGAGAGCAAUCAGAGUUUGCGCGAGUCAAACGAGCACUUGCGCUUGGAGCUGGAUAAGCGAGACCAGGCGGUCAAUGAAGCAGUGGAGCUGAUAUGCCGGCUUGAAGCGAGGUUAGAUGAGCUGGAAGCAACUAACGACGACGGGGAUGAUGAGCGGCCAUUGACUGCUCGCCCCCACACAAGUGAGGGCCUGGCACCGUCUCCUAGCAUGACCCCAAAAGGCACGCCCAUUUUCGAGAUACCCGAUCGCACCUCAUCAUGGAAGGGGACAAGCUCUGCGCGCUCGUUGCGAACCCGCACUGAGACAACAUGUUCUUCAACACGGAGGCCCCGGAAGCACCCGUCAUUCCUUUUGGAAAACAGCGGAAGUACCAGCGCUCUUCGCAGUCUUUAUAUUGCCGCAGACGAGGAAACUACGUCAGGGAAUGGAUUCAGCACGUCAUCUCUAACUGAGAGCUUUGUUUCAGGAGACGAGCCGCCGGAGCCAGGAUCGCCUAGACUUAGCAUCCUCAGUGAAUGUAGCUAUCUGGACCCGUCAGCUACGCCGUCAAAGCGGUUCGACGACGUUGAUGUGACAAGCGUUGGCUCGAUUCAGAGGAGUUUUUCACAACCUAUUUCCAAAUUGGAGCUGUCGUCGAAGCAGAAGGAAGAAAAGGACGUUAAGAUGUCGCGGAUCGACCAGUGGAUUCAGCCUCAUGAUGACCCACAGACUCCUACUGGACAAAGGCGGGACAAUUUUCCAGUAGAGACGUCGGAAACCGUUCCAAAGAAGCCGCAGCCCUCCCUUGGGACUGCAUUCCAGGCCAAACACCCUGUUAAGCCAUACAGAUUCGACACACCAAGGUUGGACGGACCGCUGUUUAAUGGAGGACGGUUACCACCUACGCCAGAUACGAUGAGUACGUCUAAUCCUGACGCAAGGAACAGGUCCAAUUCGAGUAUUAUUGUGGAGAAGAGCCUUUUGGACCAGGGUCGCCCUUUCGCUAACUUUUCAGGGGGUCAUAUUGCUUUACGACGACCCAGAUCCGCGGAUGAUAUUACCACCCGACCAAGUACUGGGAGUACCGCGCUAUCCGGGAUGAUUGAGACGUUGAGCAAUGCCACGCGGCUCGGGAUUAACCCUAGCCGGGACCAUCUUGGAAGCAUUUUUCCAACCUUUGGUGACCAUGUUGCUGGCGGGUCGAAGCGGACGGAGCUUCUCCUUCGUGGGGAUUUAGCUAGACAAGAUUGUGAGGAUUAUGCUGGGGAAAAUACGAACCCCAAUAUCAGUGCUACUACUCCGAACAAUGGCGAGGAUAGUACGCUGUCGGCAAGAAGGAAAAGAUACCCUCCGUCCCUGACAUCAACACACUCGGAACCACGAUAUGAGGCGUCAAUUUCCAGCUCACCACCAUUGACACCCCAGGACUGGCUAGAAGCAGCGCUACCGGCGGAUGGAGGUAAACGUCACAGACCGGUGAAAUUUCAUCACCAGCGCUCUCAUCAGCACAAAAAAUCCCAUUCCACAGAUAUAAAACACACCUCCUUGCUGUCCACUGGUGAACCAGCAACACCAACAUCGACAAUAGGAACAACGCGAUCAGAAAAAAUAAAAGCAGUAUCCAAGCCCGAUGAUCUCCACUCCCCAUCUCCUACAAGCCUCCGCAGCCGCAUCAAAGGUAGCAGAAAUAACAAUAACCCUCCACAGACAGAAGACGUGGAGCUACCCCGUCAUCGCCUCAGUCUCCGACCCCGCUUCUUUAGCCGUGCUGUUACCGCCGCUGCGGCUGCACCCCAACGCCAAACGGCCCCCAUGUCCGAUCCAGUCGAUGAUGGGGAUAGUGCACCAUCGCCUAAAAUCGGCAGGAGUGGACGUAUGAGUACCAGUCGCCGCAAGAGUGUGCAUGUUGAGCUAGCGCCGCCAGCUAGAGCGAGGGCGGAUUCGGGCCCAGGACGUAGCGGUGGUAAUGGCAGCAGCAGCAGCAGCAACAACAACAACAACAACAACACGCAAAAUGGGGAUGCAGGAACCUUGAAAUCACCGACAUCGACAUCAACAUCACGCAAUACGGCCGCAGGCAGUCGCCCGCGCACAUCAGAGACGCCCGAGACGAGCAAACGACGUCCUAGCUCCCUUGGUAUCUUUGGUUGGAUGCGUGGCGCGACAAGCUCCACUACUACCCCUACACAGACCCAUGAGAAAGAGAAUAAUCAUAGUAGCAACCGCGGCUCUACCACAUCCGCGAGAAAUACACCUACGCCCACCGGCCCAAAAAUAAUAGGAGCGACAAGGGUAGCAUCCGCCAUAUCUUCCCCUACCGCUUUCCCAUACUCAACCCAAGCCCACAAUACAAGUUCCAAAUCAGUGUCCUACGCCGUCGCCCAUGCGCGUCAGGUGGAUAUCAACAAUACCCACAAAAGUUAUAUCAACGGUAUGCAAAAACACGCCACUGCACCCGUAGAUCUGGCUUCUACGCCUGAAACCGAAGGCAGCGGGAUCGAGAGGCGGGGGUCGAGGUUUUCGCAGAGGCGGGGGUCGUGGAGACCUGCUGUCUGAAAAGGGUUGAAUUAUGGUGCUUGCUUGAGAAUGUCCUUUGCUGGUUACCGAUUGUGUUUUUAUUAUUAUUAUUAAGGAACCCGGGAAGAGAGGGAAUUGGGGGAAUGGGGACGGGUUUCUCUCCCACUUCCCAUAUCUUUUAUGUUUUCAUACUUUCAUGUUCUUUUUUACCGUGUUUUUUUUUGUAUCCGUUCUCUUUUCCCUUUUUGUGCUUUGAACAGUACAAAUGUAUGAGUACAUGUAGCGAUAAGCAUUGAGUCGUCCUGAUUUGCUCUGGCCUUUAUCCGUUUCUGCUUCUGCCGUGUUCCUUUUUUCCCCCCCUUUAUGUGUUCGUCUGAACGUUUCUUACGGGGUGCUCUUCUUUAUGUCUUUUUGUUCCCAUCUAGCAAGCAUCAUGUAACUUUUAACACAAACGCGAAAAUGCACUACGACGCGAUGGGAUCCGCUUGGCAAGAUGGGAUGUUUCUUUUUAUAGUUUUGUCGUUUCUGACGUCUUUCCACAAAUGAAAGAUAAAAAGUAUAUAAAGCGGUUGUUUGUUGGUGGGGAUCGGAAACUGAAAUUAUAACAAUGAUCAUGCCACGGACAACUCUCGCUUUAUAUAUAAUAUUUAUUCAUUCGUUAGAACUUGCGGUACGGUAUGGGGGUUGUGGCGCUCCAAUUCAAUUUUUUCUGUUCUUUUAAAUUUGUUUAUAUCGUUUUCCGGACUCUUUUCUCUCGAAGUUUGUUGGGUGGGAUGGCGUGUUGUCGUUCUUCCUUUUUCCACUCUUCUUCUACGAUUAAUACCAUAACACAUGACGAGGGAUCAUCAGUGGAAUGUAGUGGGUGAUAGUAAAUAAAAUAAAACUAAUGUAUCAUUUUCGUGCGAGCUGUUGCUUUCUGCUCCUCCCUUCAGUCCCUGUUUCUUCUUCUGAUUUAAAAUAUCUUAAGAGGGUUUGAAAAAGAGAUACAUAAGUAUUGUUGAA